UCCAAGAUGGCGGUCAAAAGACGACGGUGAUCAGUGAUCAACUUUAUUGUGAAAAUGAAUCAUGUUGAGCGAAACAGCCCAAACAACGACGCAAAAACUAAACUGGAAGAAGCAUUUCAGCACUACGAUAAAGGAAACGACAGCAAUUUCUUUUUGAUUGCCGCUCGCGAGAGCCUCGAAGUAGGACAACUCGACGUCUUGUUAACUUUCUUGAACACUCCUAGAAAUUGGGGUUUGUUGUGUUUUGCAGCUUGGGAUUUAGUGAAAAUAAUCUUUCAGGUCAUUCCCGAUGACUGUAGGAACUCCUUUGACUACGGAAAGCACGAGCAUUUGCUAUAUCUUGUCUGUAAAUCGGGUAAUGCACGAGAAAUAUGCUUAAGUUUAAAUGAACUUUUUACUGAUAAACCAUCUUUUCCAAAGUUUGAGCUGCUAUUGAAUCUGAUCAGGGAGCCUUUCGGCCGACUGAGAGGGAAAAUCAGCAUGAUACUGACCAACUUCCUCUCGUCCAUUCAACAAAAUCUGCAAAGUACGGAUAGGCCUAGCGACUUCAUAGACAUUCUCGUAGCAAUUUUGAAAUUCGUCCGAGUCGUGUUGACGAAAACUCGCGACAAGCUUUUGACUGCGGCAAAAUCUCGAGAUGACAAAAACGUGGAAAAUGCUCUGUUACGAUUUCUCGUAUACCUUUUGGAAUGCCCGAUUUCUUUACUCGAGUUGAAUAUCGAUCGGGAGGAAUCGCGAGGCGUCGUUUCGACGAAGAGUCACGAAAUAUCAACCGAAAUCGUCGACUCUCUAAGUUUGCUUGAAAAUGGAAGUUUGCAACGUCUUUUGGAGUUCGGAUUUCGAAAAGAAAAAAAGUUGAAAGAGAGGUGGACGGAUGAAGACGAUGAAGACGGCGUGGGGAAUGAUGACUUAUCGAUAGUCGGGCUGGGUUGUCUUGCAUUCUUGAUAUAUAUUCUUGGCAUAGGUUGCUUCUGUUUACCUCAAGUGACAACGGCAAAGUACGCGUUGGAUACAAACAUUGUGUACAUGAACGCGCUGACUUCGAGCAGGCGAACCGCAGUGCUCUCGAAAGGUCUUUGUUUGCUAGAAUCGGUUUUGAACUCGGUCGAGGAGAACACCAUCGGCUAUGCCUACAUAGAUGAUAAGAAUUUCCUGGGCACGGUCGUCAAUUUGAGAAAUAUUAUGCUGCAUAACGAUGAGCAAGUUAUAAGGCGAGAGGCUCUGAAAGGAUUUCGAAAAAUCGUUGAUGCCUUAACAAUUAGGGGAAAGUACAGGCUGCUUAGGACAUUAUAUCACGGAGAGAUCCAAUCCGGAUUCGCUGAACUGCUAACCCUAAUCCUCAAAGAGGAAAUCGACAAAUCUUUACGAGUGGACGGCGUAUCGUGGUUUCUUGGCAGAAGUUUGAGUACUUUCCUUCUUGAUGAUAUCUUUAAGAUUUCGCCAAAAUCAAUGGAAUCCGAGUUCGGUAUAGUACAAGAGAGCAAUAGAGUAUUAUCCGCGUUGAAUCUACUUCGAUUCUUGCUGAUAAGAGACGCCGAAAACCGAACAGAGAUUCGCACUCACUUUACGAGGAUCGAAGCGACGUAUUUGAAACAGUUAAGAGAUGUCGUUCAAUUCAGCAAGAAAGGUAUAAACGCUUUGAUUCGAGAAAACGAGGAAGGUCGUGGGAAGGGUUUGGUUCCAGAAAACAACUCGCACGUGACCGCUUUCGAUGUCACUACGGCGGAUGGAAGUCACCUGGGCGCAGGUACACCUGCCGAGCAUUUGGAGUCGAUGAAAUCUGCUUAUCUGACUUUGGACAUUGUCGAGUCUAUCUUGGCAAGAAUUGGAAAGAUAUCUUGCGAACAAGCAAUCGUUAAGACAAGCAAUCGCUAAGAUUGCGUCAAUGAUCUGGCGCGACGGCGCACCUGGGAAUGUGACUAGAAAGUAUUUAUUUUGAGAAAUCGGUCAUUUUAUUGUGCUGCGAUUAAAUAUUAAGAUUUCGAUAAGAGUUUUUUUUUAAAUAAAUCAUACCACGACGUUA